AAGCAAUCCAUAAAGCGCGCCUGUGCCCAUUUUCCCACCCUGCAACUCAGACAACCACCCACAAACCCACAAACUGCAUCCGACUCUCAUUCCUUAAUCUCGCCAAUCACAGCUUGUAACAGCGCUAGAUAUACAAACUCCCAGCUCAGUCAUGACCGGCAAAGGAAAGCUGCCUGAAGUAAACCCGUCGGACGGGAAAGCAGCCGCCGACAACGAUGACACUGCGCUCGCCAUUCUGAAAAAGAAGGCGUCCCCAAACAAGCUCAUCGUUGACGAUGCAACAAAUGACGACAACUCGGUGUGCAUGCUCAACACGGCUACCAUCGAGCAGCUCAACUUGUUUCGUGGCGACACCGUCCUUCUCAAGGGCAAGAAGCGCAAGGACACCGUGUUGAUGGUCCUGUCCGACGACAAUGUCGAGCCCUCAAAGAUCAGGUUGAACAAGGUCGUCAGGAACAACCUCCGCGUUCGUCUUGGUGAUGUCGUGUCGGUGCACUCCUGCUCCGAAAUCAAAUACGGAAAGCGUAUCCACGUCCUUCCCAUCGACGACACGAUCGAGGGUAUCACGGGCAACCUGUUCGACAUUUACCUGAAACCCUACUUUUUGGAAGCGUACAGGCCGGUUAGACAGGGUGAUCUCUUUGUUGUUCGAGGAGCGAUGAGGCAGGUGGAGUUCAAGGUCGUAGAGGUCGACCCGUCCCCAUAUUGUAUCGUCGCCCAUGACACCGUCAUUCACUGCGAAGGAGAUCCGAUCAAGCGUGAGGAGGAGGAACAAAACCUGAAUGACGUUGGAUACGACGACAUUGGUGGCGUCCGAAGACAGUUGGCGCAGAUCCGAGAAUUAGUCGAACUGCCCCUGCGUCACCCACAAUUGUUCAAGUCCAUCGGUAUCAAGCCACCCCGCGGUAUCCUCAUGUUUGGUCCUCCCGGUACGGGCAAGACGCUAAUUGCCCGUGCGGUCGCAAACGAAACCGGUGCCUUCUUCUUCCUCAUCAACGGUCCCGAGAUUAUGUCCAAGAUGGCUGGUGAAUCUGAGAGCAACCUGAGGAAAGCUUUCGAAGAGGCGGAAAAGAAUAGCCCGGCUAUCAUCUUCAUUGAUGAGAUUGACGCCAUUGCCCCCAAGCGUGACAAGACAAACGGUGAAGUUGAACGUCGUGUCGUCUCCCAGCUGCUGACAUUGAUGGACGGUCUCAAGGCCCGCUCCAACGUCGUUGUUAUCGCCGCGACCAACCGACCCAACAGCAUCGAUGCCGCCCUGCGUCGUUUCGGACGUUUCGACCGUGAAAUUGACAUUGGUAUCCCUGACCCGACCGGACGUCUUGAGAUUCUGCGUAUCCACACCAAGAACAUGAAGCUCGGCGACGAUGUCGAUUUGGAGCAGAUUGCGUCCGAGACCCACGGUUACGUCGGUGCUGAUAUGGCUUCCCUGUGUUCCGAGGCUGCUAUCCAGCAGAUUCGUGAGAAGAUGGACCUUAUCGAUUUGGAGGAGGAGACGAUCGAUGCGGAGGUUUUGGACAGUUUGGCUGUUACCAUGGACAACUUUAGGUAUGCCCUUGGCAUCUCCAACCCAUCAGCCCUCCGCGAGACCAUUGUGGAAGUGCCAACCACCACUUGGGACGACAUUGGUGGUCUGGAGAAGGUCAAGCUGGAGUUGCAGGAGACUGUGCAGUACCCGGUCGAACACCCAGAGAAGUUCCUCAAAUUCGGCAUGAACCCCAGCAAGGGUGUGUUGUUCUACGGACCACCCGGAUGCGGAAAGACAUUGCUCGCCAAGGCUAUCGCCAACGAAUGUCAAGCAAAUUUCAUCUCUAUCAAAGGUCCUGAGCUCCUCACCAUGUGGUUCGGUGAAUCCGAAGCGAACGUCCGUGACGUGUUCGACAAGGCACGUGCCGCCGCACCCUGUGUCGUCUUCUUUGACGAGCUUGAUUCGAUCGCAAAGGCCCGUGGUUCCAGCUCCGGCGACGGCGGAGGUGCCGGUGACCGUGUGCUCAACCAGAUCCUGACGGAAAUGGACGGCAUGAACGCCAAGAAGAACGUCUUUGUUAUUGGUGCCACCAACAGGCCCGACCAGAUUGACCCCGCCCUCCUCCGUCCCGGCCGUCUCGACCAACUGAUCUACAUCCCUCUCCCCGACGAGAAAUCGCGCCUAGGCGUCAUCGAAGCCACCCUCCGCAAAUCCCCCGUCAGCAAGGAUGUCGACAUUAACCACAUGGCCAAAGCCACCAACGGGUUCUCCGGCGCCGACUUGACCGAGAUCUGCCAACGCGCCUGCAAGCUCGCCAUCCGCGAAUCCAUCGAAAAAGAGAUCAGCCGCGAGCGCGCGCGCAAGGAAGCCCUCGCCGCCGGCCAGGAGCCCAUGGACGGUGUCGAGGAGGACGACCCGGUCCCCGAGAUCACGCGCGCGCACUUCGAGGAAGCGAUGAAGUAUGCUCGGAGGAGUGUUUCGGACAACGAUAUCCGCAAGUACGAGAUGUUUGCGCAGAACUUGCAGCAGAGUCAAGGGUUUGGCGGGCAGUUCAAGUUCCCGGAGGCCGCGGGGUCGACGGGUGCUGGGGCUGCUGGUGCCGGUGGGGCGGGUAACAGCGCGUUUGCAGAAGAUGUUGGCGCUGAUGAUGAUUUGUACUCUUGAACAACGCGUGCAUCAUCGGUCGACGCCCCGUCGUGUGAUGUGAUUAUUAGUCCUUUACUGUCCUCCUUUCCUUCUUGUUUGGGUUGGUGUUCUCGGCCGUCUUUUUACACCCCGCUUUGCAAAUAUUCCACCUCUCCUUGUGUUUGCUUUUGCUUUGUAUCUGUAAACCGGCCUUUCUACCUGUAAAACCCGUUUGUUUGUAAAUUUUUUGAAAAUGGAAACUGGUGCCUUGACGGGAA